CGUCUACUUGACGUUUUCUCGCUCAAAUUUCAACGAAUAUUUCAGAUCGAUGUGAAAACUCUCUAUACCAAUUUAAUUUUAUGGGGUGAUUUUUUGUAAUUUUUUCUGUUUUUUUUUUAUCUGAGGGAAUUGAAACAUGGAAGCACUCGAGGAAGCAGCUUUACUUGCAGACCCACUCAUUCUAGCUGAAAGAAAAGUAGAUCCUGCCAAUCCUAAUAAAAUUGAUGAGCUAUUCGAAAAUGAAUUUCUUUACCGAGAAAUGUCCUACUAUAUUGCUAGACUGGAACAAUAUGAAAAUGCAUUGAUAUACUUCAACAGAGCAAUUUCUCAAAAACCAAAUAAUAUAAGGACGUUACUAGGACGAUCCAAAUCAAGAGCAGAAGCCUGUUAUUAUGUGGGCGCGCUCGCAGAUACAUACAGGGCUUACAAACUAGAUCCCGAUAAUUUAAUUGUAGCAGCUCAAAGAGGACUCAAUCUCUAUUUUAUGGCUGAAUUCGAAGAAGCCCUCAUACAUAACUUAAGGCACUUGCCAUACAGGCAAAAACCAGCAGUAUUUGCAGAUGGAGUACGUCACUGUUCUAUAGCAUUGGAGAAUACCGUUGGAGAAUUUGCUGGUAAUCCACUACGUGACUACUUUAGAAUUAUAAGAAAAAUAGCAUGGAUAAAGAAUUUCAUACAGAAUCGUCCUUACGAACCGACUCCAAAGAAGAAAAAGGUCAAAAAAAUUAAUAUAGGAAAACUAAUUUUUAGAAAUAAAGACAAAAAAGUGAACGAAGACAAAGAAAACGAGAUACGAGAUAGUUUGGAGGAUAAACGGGAUAUAUACAAUAUUUCUAUACCACCUUUCAAUCAAGAAUAUCCUUUCGGCCCUCUACAACGUUAUACGACAAAUAUUGAAAAUUUUAUGGCGGAAAAAUAUUUGGAGUCUAUGUAUAGAGAGAAAAUAUUUUUGAAAGGAAUUUCAAAAAUGCACGGUAUCUCUACCCCAAAUGAGAAAGGAACGCAAAAGAUAAAGGAUUUGGCUAAAAAAGCUUUUGAUGUUGUAAAUUUUAAACAGGAACUUCUGCGAACCAGUCGACCAUUUUAUCAUCUUAAAUAUCAAGAAGAAAAAUGUACUACCAACGUCGAACGAAGGCUCAAACAAGAACAAUUUUUGAUACAACAAAAUUAUAAAAAAGAAGCUGAAUCUUUACUGAAUAAAGUUAUGCUAGCGAAUGAAACUAGAAACUUACACAAAAUUCUAGCAGCCUGUGAUCAACUGAAUAAUUUCUGUCAGAAAAAAUCCAAAAAAUAUCUACCCGACAGAAAUAUAUAUUUGGCAGAAGUUUACAAGAUGGUAGGUCAAGCAUUUUAUAGUCUACUGAGAUUAAAUCCUUCACAGUUCAAAUGGGAUCAGGAGAAAAGGAUACUAUUGUCGUUUGGGUUGCCAAUUAGUAGAACGCCUUCUGGUGAUUCGAUGCUUGAAAACUACAAGCCCAUUUAUGUCGACGUAAGGAAACGUAUAAGCAUCUAUGAAGCUCGAGCAGAACAAACUGAAACACCAGAAGAAGUUUGCUGGGUUAACCACGAAUUAGCAAGAUUAUAUAUAUUGACGAAACGAUAUGACGAUGCGAGAUUGCCGGCUUUCAAUUGUCUUCGGCAAUCGUCGAAAGACCCAGAAUUAUUUCGUUGGAACGUUAAUGCUUCAAUUUUAAUGGCAAAAAUAAAUAUUGCCGAAAAAAUCAAGGCUGAUGCCAGAUUCAAUAUUAAUAAUGCAAUUGACGUCGCUACAUCCCACCAUAGUACAGAAGCUAUCGAAUAUUUGCGGUUGUGUCUAGAAGUUAUAGACAAAAUAGAAUUUGACGAGGGUGGUACGAGAGUCUUGGAAAAACGUAAAAUGAAUAUAAUGAGGUUGAUGCAAAGUGAUAAAAUGAAAGAAGAAUUCCAACAAAUUUUCAGUAAAAUGAACGGACAGAGAACUCACAGGAGAUUAACCAUAUCAGGACAGUCUCUGGAUUAUAAUCAACGCAGAAGAACCGUAAGCUCUAUAGUAUCUACACAGAAAAGACUGAGGAAAUCUGGGUCCGACAAUUUGCGUCUAAAGAAAACAAUUAGUGUCAGUGAAUAUCUGGACAAUAUAUGAAGAUUUGCAGUAAUGGUGAACACCGACUAGUAAUGGAAUGUACUCAAAACGAGCGAUAAGCUACUUCCUCUUCGAUGUUUGUAAAUUAUUUAUAUAGGAGUAAACAUGAAGUCUCAUCAUUAGUCAAAUUAAAUUCAAUAAAUUUGUUUGGUGAA